AUGCUUGAGUCCCCAGCACCUACACGUGCGGCCCGUAUUCUGCGUGAGCGAUGUCCGGCUUGUUUUGGCGACAUGAAUCACAGAGGUGGUGAUAUACAAAUGGGCGCUGAUGGCAACUGGAGUCUCCGACAUCUCUGUUCUGCAGGAGAUGGGCCCAAGCUUCCAUUUCAGCCAGCGUACUUUGUCUCUAAGGCUGAAGUUGAUUCUGUUCGCCAACGAAUCUUGGCUGCGCGAAAACAAAAGCCCCGCCGAAAUACGUCUCCAGUGUCUUUGCAUGUGAUAGAAGCGUGUCAGGAUUCGUUCGAAGCUGCUAACGACAAGAAGGAGAAGGCUGAUCCCAACCGCUAUGACUCAACUGGGGUCUUUGUCAUGACCUGCCGGCAUUCACAAGUCUUGUUUCUUGCCAAUAUUGACACCCCCGGGGAGCAGCAAUGCUACAUCAUUGCACUGUUGGAGAAGGUGGCAUCCUUACUUCCAAGAAACGCUACAAUUGUCCAGGCAUAUGAUAUUGGAUGUGUAGUCGAUCACUCCUGUCAUCUGUACCCGAUUCUUUCACCCUCUCUACAUCAGCGUGUUGCAUUUGUAAUUAACAUCAUGCACUCCUUUGCGCAUGAAUGGGAUUGUCAACUGGUCUACAGUCCACGAUUCUUCACAGGAAUGGGAAUAUCUGACAUGGAAGGGGUCGAAAGGUUUUGGUCUCGAAUGCGCAAGCUGAUUGGCAUGACCCGAACACAAUGGAGCUCACGGCGCAUAUGGAUCCUAGAUGGACACACAGAGUUCAUCAAUUCAGAAGGUUUGGAAGGCCUGGGUCACUGGCUCGAUCGACAACAAGAGAAGAAUCUUCUCCCCAAGCUAAAAAAGGCUGUCAAAGUUCUCCAGGACUGCCGUAUCUCCGACCAUGAGCUGCGAACACAAUGGAGGGAACAGAAGGCUGCGCGGAUGGCUCCGCGGAUUGGUCAGUUGUUAGCACUGAGAAAGGAGCUUGAUAAGGUCAUUGCGCUACAAAAUCAGAUUCAGACACUCGAGACCACGAUUGAAGACACAAAAAAGACAAUCUUGUCUGGCGGACCCUCAGCCGAGCUUCUCGUGCAUCUGGAUCGACUUGAGGACUCCCAUGCAAGCCUGAGUCAUCAGGCCGAUGCCUUGUAUAGCUCACUAAACAUCCGCAAAGACCUCCGCAAUUUGGCAGGAGUUCCCGCUGAGUUUGUCAAGACGUUGCUGAUCAUGCAUGAUCUCAAGAUCAACAUUCGAAAGCGUGCAGUGGGAUCCUUCUACGAGACUGAAAUGCUGGAUAGGGCAGUCGCUGGUCGAAGUGAAGCAUUAGGAACGAAGCUCUAUCAGGCGACACGUAAAGCACUGUCAAAGAGACAGCCUGUCCUUUACCGCCUGAUCAACCGUUUCAAUAGCCUCUGUGAACAAUUGGAGGAUGAGAUGCCCCCCCACUCCCUACUUCCUCUCCCAACCCAGCUCUCGACCAAAUUAUCAGUACUCAAAGCUGACCAAUCUCUUUUCGAGGAUAUCUGUGUUCUACCUACGGGGAACAAGAUCCCACGGUGGCUUGAUGACUCUGACAUCAGGGAUGGGAUCCAGAGUAUGCACAGUCUGGAUCGGUGUCGAGAGGAACUCUCCCGACUGAAUCUUGAGAGGGGAAACCUUGCAAAUGUACUAGAAGAAGAGCGAUCAAUUUGCCGCCAGAGCCUCCGCACUACCCAAGGUUUUUGUUCCAGAUUCCUGCCAUUCCAUUCGCUUAAGUGUUGCAGACCCUACACUUAUUUACCUGCUAAACGUCCACAUGGAUCGAAUAACGUUUCUAACUGA